AUGGCGUCGAGCCCUCUUCUGCGAUUGAUAUCUGCGCUUGCAAUGCUGAUGGUACUAUCUUCGUCGUACUGGAUACUGGGUUUUCAUCCGUCGGUCGUCACUCAUGCAGCUUUGUAUCUUCCUUCGUCCAACCGUGAUUUUAUGACUGGACUAGAUGGUGACCCCAGCCCGCGUCUCGCUCAAAACGAAACUCUCGGUGUUGCUUCGAGUAUUUACGUCGUCUCUCUUCCACGCAGAACAGAUCGUCGUGCUACUAUGGAACGCCUCAGGCAAGCACUGUCUCUCACGUGGACUUACAUCGAUGCGGUGCAGCCGGAUGACCUUGGAGUUAUCAACAUCAUGAAUCACGUCCGUACCUUCCGAGAAAGAUCUCAGCGUCGUCAUGAUUCCCCUGGAAGCGAUCUUGUGGAUAGCGGUCGAUUCGAUUGGAUCAAUGAUUCCGACUUUGACUCUCUUCCAUUGGGAGCAGCAAACAACUCUCCAGCAUCUUCGGAUGACCUCUUACCUCUGACGUGUGCUACUACGAACCUCAUCGAUGGUCCCGCUUUCUCUUCAUCCAUUCCUGCCCACAUGGUCUUGACAACUGCCAAGAUUGCUUGCUGGUAUUCACAUCUUGAAGUGAUCCGGCGUAUUGCACAGAGUGGAUUUACUCAAACGUCUAGACUACGACCUGGACUGAUAGGACCUACCAGCUUGGAUGGCAGUCUCCACGGAGACGACGUUUCGGUUAUCCUUGAGGAUGACGUUGAUAUGGAGCGGGACAUACGUGAGAGGUUGCUCGCAGUCUGGCAUCUUCUUCCCAGGGAAUGGGACAUUGUUUUCUUAGGACACUGUUGGUCCAACGAAUCUUUCCAUUCGCCUGUCGCGGAUAACUCUCCUGCGCAAAAUUCGACAUCCCUUCGUGGCGUGUCGCUCCACCCUUCCUUCGCUCCUAGAUGCACUCACGCGUAUGCGCUGACUACUAGCGGCGCUCGACGACUUCUGUUGCACUUGCGUCAUCCCCCCUUUGCCUACUCCCGAGCAUUCGAUCAGGCGCUCUCUUGGCUCGUAUCAAGCGGGAGACUAAAGGCUUUCUCCAUCGUACCUAGCGUAGUUGUACAGCGGAAGAUCGUGGCGGGUGAUAUAGAUCCUGGGGCGCGCGGAACGGGAAGUACAUGGCGGGACCACUUACUCAAUGGGGUCUUCUGA